AUGCUCGGUAGGUCACUGGAAAUUAGAGUCGGUGGCAAGUAUCGACUCGGUCGCAAGAUCGGCAGCGGCUCCUUCGGUGACAUUUUCAUUGGAACUCACAUAACCACCGGCGAGGACGUCGCAAUAAAGUUAGAAUCUCAUAGAAGCCGCCACCCUCAGCUUCUAUACGAGUCGAAGCUGUACAAGCUGCUAGCAGGUGGCGUAGGAAUCCCAACCAUCCACUGGUACGGCAUAGAGGGGGAGUACAACAUCCUUAUCAUGGACCUCCUGGGCCCUUCACUCGAGGAUUUAUUUACAAUAUGUAACAGGAAACUGAGUCUAAAAACAGUGCUCAUGUUAGCAGACCAAAUGUUAAACCGUAUAGAGUACUGCCACUCGAAAAACUUUAUUCACAGAGACAUUAAACCUGACAACUUUUUGAUAGGCCGUGGCAAAAAGAUGUCAAUUGUUUACAUCAUCGACUUCGGGCUAGCCAAGAAAUACCGUGACUCUAAAACUGCUCAGCACAUAUGUUACAGGGAGGGCAAGAACCUGACUGGCACUGCUCGUUACGCCAGCAUAAACACUCACCUGGGCAUAGAGCAGAGUCGUCGUGACGACAUGGAGGCUCUCGGUUACGUGCUGCUCUACUUCAUGCGCGGCAGUCUCCCCUGGCAGGGUCUCAAGGCCACGAGCAAGAAGGACAAGUAUGAUAAAAUCAGCGAGAAAAAAAUCGCAAUUCCUGUCGACUUACUUUGCAAACAGCUCCCCUUCGAGUUUGUCACCUUCAUCAACUACGCCAGAUCUCUCAGGUUCGAGGACAGGCCUGAUUAUUCGUAUUUGAGGAGAAUUCUCAAGGAUUUGUUUUUUAGACAGGGUUAUCAGUACGACUUUAUCUUUGACUGGACUUUCUUGCACACUGCUCAGCUCAUGCACACCAUGAUGACUGAGGACAUUGAGCGUUUCGAGAGGAUCACCAAGGACCGUGAGCGUGACCAGGAGGAGACAAACCCUAGACUAACACUAAAGAACAAAUAA